GCAGCCUGGGCGGCGGGAGCAGCGCGGCGGCCAGGCAGCGCAGCUUCGGAAGGCUCCCGCGCGCCGCGGCCCGCAGCGCCCGCACGCGCCCCGCCAGGAUGCCCAAGAGGAAGGUCAGCUCGGCCGAAGGCGCGGCGAGGGAGGAGCCCAAGCGCAGGUCGGCGCGCCUGUCGGCUAAGCCUGCUCCGGCCAAGGCGGACGCCAAGCCCAGGAAGGCGGCGGGCAAGGAUAAAUCUUCUGACAAAAAAGUUCAAACAAAAGGGAAAAGGGGAGCAAAGGGAAAACAGGCUGAAGUGACUAACCAAGAAACAAAAGAAGAUUUACCUGCCGAAAAUGGAGAAACUAAAAACGAGGAGAGUCCCGCCUCUGAUGAAGCAGAAGAGAAAGAAGCCAAGUCUGAUUAAUCACACACCAUGUCAUAUCAGUGGUCCCGUUUCCCUUCUUGUACAAUCCAGAGGAAUAUUUUUAUCAACUAUUUUGUAAAUGCAAGUUUUUUAGUAGCUCUAGAAACAUUUUUAAAAAGGAGGGAAUCCCACCUCAUCCCAUUUUUUAAGUGUAAAUGAUUUUUUUUAGAAGCGAAAUCAUUUACUGGUUGUUUAUUUUUGGGUACAACCAGAAAAUAGUGGGAUAUUGAAAUAUGGGAGGCUUGGACUGUCUUGGGUGUCAGCUUAACAUUCCAUAGAUGGGGGGGUUAGUUUUAGAUCCUACAAUACAAAGCCUAUUAAAUGGCAGUUUGGAGUCACAGUCUUGCAUUUAAUGUCUUGAAUAUUUUAAAUUACUUCUAUUCCUGUGUUUUUUAGUAGAAUUGUUUCCUGAAGAAGACCACUCCUGGAUCAUUGCUGUCAGAAUCGUGUGUACUCUGUAACAUUUUUGGUCGUGGAAGUCUUAGUUUUCCUAAUAUUUUUAAUGUGCUGUGAAAGAUUGAAAGUAUGUAGUGUGUGUGACAAAGUUUUGAAUUAGUGGGACCUAAAUAAUAGCAGCAUUCAAAGAUACUGGUACUUGAUACUCUAUUAAGAAAAAUUUGCCUCCAAAUUCAAAGCUGGAAAGUCACUGGAAUAACUGAAAAAGAAUCACAGUAUAAGGCUUUUUAGAUUUCGGUACGUGUGUUAAGAAUUGUGUACAAAGUGAAAUGUCUGUGUACUGAUUCUCAAUACAGCCAAUAAAAUCUCAAAUAUGAAAAA